AUGGCCGACCUCGACCUCGUAGAGAAAGGACCCGCGCCCGAUUUGGUCAGGAACAGUUUCGAUGCCUACCAGGGCAAGAUCGAACUCCCACGCGCCCCGACCGCUUGGGGUCGCUUCGUCGACAGCUUCAAGAGAAACCCUAAUGCUCGGAUGACGACACAAGCCAUCGAUGCCAACGGCAAUGUGCUCAAGGAUCAACCACCAGCCGAACCGGCUCUGUCAAUGGUCCUGAAAGGAAGACACCUUCAAAUGAUAGCCAUUGGCGGGUCGAUUGGAACAGGUCUCUUCGUCGGUUCAGGAUCUGCAUUGGCUACAGGUGGUCCUGCUUCAUUAAUCAUUGCCUAUGGACUGAUUGGAAUCAUGUUGUACUGUGUCGUCCAAGCGCUGGGUGAGCUUGCUGUGGCUUUCCCGGUAGCUGGUGCGUUCUCGGUGUAUGCAAGCCGAUUUGUUGACCCAGCAUGGGGUUUCGCCAUGGGAUGGAAUUAUGCUUUGCAAUGGAUCGUGACUCUUCCUCUGGAAAUUGUGGCAGCAUCACUUACCCUCGAAUUCUGGUCUGGCAGCCGAGACGUCAACAGCGCUGCUUGGGUCACGAUCUUCCUUGUUGCAAUCAUCAUCAUCAAUUUCUUCGGUGUUCGCGGAUACGGCGAGGUAGAAUUCGUCCUGUCCAUCAUCAAGGUUGUUGCCGUGAUCGGAUUUUGCCUUCUCGGCAUCAUCAUCAACACUGGAGGCGUUCCAGGAAGCGAUCGAGGUUACAUCGGGGCUCAAUACUGGCACAACCCGGGCGCGUUCAACGCGGGAUUCAAAGGCCUUUGCUCGGUUUUUGUCACCGCCGCAUUUUCGUUCUCAGGCACUGAACUCGUCGGUCUGGCAGCCGCUGAAACAGAGAACCCACGACGUACCCUGCCAAGUGCCGUCAAACAGGUGUUUUGGCGUAUCGCACUGUUCUACAUGGUCUCACUAACGAUUGUGAGCGUGCUGGUUCCGUACGACGACCCUCAGCUCUUGAAUGGCAGCAGCUCAUCUGAUGCAAACGCCUCCCCCUUCGUCAUCGCGGUUCGAAACGCUGGUAUUCAGGCUGUGCCUUCGAUCAUGAACGUUGUCAUUCUUCUUGCCGUGCUCUCCGUCGGCAAUUCGUCGGUCUACGGCUCGAGCAGAACGCUUGCCGCUCUUGCGGAUAUGGGCCAGGCUCCUAAGAUUCUCGGCUACAUUGAUCGCUCUGGAAGGCCACUGGUUGCCAUUAUCGUCUCCUCAGCUUUCGGUUUCCUCUGCUACAUUGUCGCCGCUGGUCCCGACACUAGUGCACAGGCAUUUAAUUGGAUGAUAGCUAUCAGCGGGCUGGCAGCUAUCUUUACCUGGGCAACUAUUUGUAUCUGCCACAUUCGCUUCCGCAAAGCCUGGCACCUCGCCGGCCACUCUGUUGACGACCUCGCAUUCAAGUCACAAGCUGGUGUAUACGGCUCCUGGAUUGGUCUGAUCAUGAACUGCUUGAUUCUCAUUGCACAAUUCUGGACUGGGUUUGCCCCUGUUGGAUACGCUGACAUGUCCGCAUCUGAGCGCGUCAAGGGAUUCUUUGAGGUCUACCUCGCAGCUCCCCUUGUGAUUGUCAUGUACAUUGGCUACAAGCUAGUGUACAGGACCAAAUUUCGAAGGACACGUGAGAUCGAUAUCACGAGUGGAAGAAGAGAGAUGAAUCUGGCUGAGAUCCUAGCCGAGGAGCGAAAGGUCCAAGCUGCUUGGCCAUGGUACAAGAAGGUUUGGAACACGGUCUGCUAA